AUGUUUUCGUCCGCGGCGUCCGCGCCUUUUGUUUCCACCUCCCGCACAGGAGGUGGUGCUUAUCCUUAUCCACAAUACGACGGCCCAACAACACCGCCGGUUCCCUACCUCGUGUGCUCCUUCGCGGUGACAGAGUUUGCACAGGCGGACAUCACGCGGGAAAGUUUUGUUUCCUUGCUGCACUCCGAGCUGCGGAAAGUGAACAACUUUGCGUUGAUGAAAUACGACGGAGUCAACACCGCGUUGCGCCAGGCGUGGAAGGAGCUGGACGAGAUGGCAAAGGAGGAAGCCCGGGCGGGUGACGUGACCACGAAACACACCCGCGUGUCCAAAGAGCGACUCAGGGGCAAGAUCCGCGCGCAGGGCGAGGAACUCUGCUGGCUCGACUGGUUCCUGCGUGAGAACAAGGACACUUUGCAGCAAAUUUUGGUGGAAGCGCAGGAGCGGAGGCGGGAGGAUGAAGAGGAUCGUAGACGUCGUGCGGCGGACAGGAGCAGGAGCAGCAGAAGACAUCAUGAAGACGCGACUAUGCAUUCAAGACGGAGCAGGGAGACGACGGAAAGAAACACGACCCCUUCGCGCGAAGUAGUGGAAGAUGACGAAAAUAACGAUGAUGAUCCACUACCCAGAGGAGCAGGAGGUGGUAGUUCAAGUAGCUCUUCUUCGACGAGUAGCUACACCUUUGAGCCAGAAACCACGACGACCCGUCGAACUACGACGAAUAAGCGCGACAAAGAUUUUUCCAAUCGGAGAAACAAAAGGUCCUCGUCUUCAGGUAGAAGUAGUUCUGAGGAAGUAGACCCCGCUGACACGAGAACUGGGGACGGAGCGAGAAUAAAUGCUACUGGGCAUCAAGGAACAAACCGGCAAGAUCCUCGUCCUCGCAAGGAUAAGCAUAAGGAAACAACACGCAGACGUAACAAGACAACGGCGCAGGUGGAUGUGCAUGAGCUACUCGAACAGUACCUUGCGGCUGAAGGGGCGACUUCUACGCCCGACGUGGAUGAUGUUCCGGAACAGGAAGAUGCCGUUGGUCCGGCUGGUGCCGCAUCAACAAAUGACGUUCAUGUUGAUGAAAGACGACAUGAUAUUGGUCAACAACACCACCUCCACCCGCAAGAACCUCCCGCAGCCGCCAGCAGUUCUACCUCUCGCGUGUACGCGAACCGGGUGUCCUUUGUGGCUUCGUCUCUCGGCGCGGACUCGACCACCUUCCUUUCGCUGCAGCUCGACGAGCUGCUGAUCCUGCUCUCGUUGACCUGGCAGUCACUCCGCGGCGGCGGCAGCAAGGCCGAGAAGUGGCGGCCCGGGGUGAAAUUUGUCCGGAAAACGCAGAAGUACUGGGUCCCCAAAUCCGAGGUGGUGCGGCUGAAGACGGGGAUUUUGGAACACUUGCCCUACUUGAUCUUCGGCAAAAGCGUCCAGGAACUGGGGAAAAUCUUGCUGCAGCCGUUCCGCGGCUACCAACUACAGGUGUUGAACAAGCGUGCUACGAACAAAGUCGUGGACCGGGAAUCUGGUAGAAAUGCAAGGUCAAACACAAACUCUUCAGGUGGUCGUGGUCAAGAACAUAAUCUCUCAAAAGGCAGCCAGAAUGAGAAUCAGGACGAUGUUGAGGUGGAGGGCGACAGAAUGAAUGACGAUGAUACAACGAAGAGCACACCGGCACCGCAAUCUGGUCGUCAGGGCGGGACCACUACCUUUACCGCGGCGCGCAAGAGCAACAGCAAUAGCAGAGGAACUACUGCAACUGCAAGUAGUAGACCUUCGAAAACAAGCAAAAGAACAGACUCAAGCCAAAGCAAGAACAAAAAGUCAGACGAAAUUGCUGUCGCUCGGCAGGAAGUAGACGAGGUAAAUGACGACCCUCUGGAGGACACGGACCAGCAGCCGGACGACGAGGAGCCGCGGGUGUGUGAGACGCAGCAGAUUACGUCCGUGUAUUUGGACUCGCCGGACGCCACGUGCUACCACCGCCGUAUCUUGCGGGAGGAGGGCGCGCGGCUCGUGAGGUACCGCUGGUACGGCGAGUCGGACGAACAAGACCCAAACGAGGAGAUUUUCAUGGAGCGCAAAAUCCACCACGAGUGCUGGGUGGGCGAUUCCAGCACUAAGGAGCGAUUUACGAUUCCCAGGCUGCUGUUACCCCAAUUUCUGCAGUUGACGAGGCCAAGGAAUGGGUUCUUGCUUGGGCCAGAUGAGGAUCUAAAAGAUGAUGAAUUGCCGAUUUAUUCCACCAGUGACGGCGAACGCGAAGGAACUACGACCACCACGAGCAUAGGGGAAGACGAGGACCAAACCGAGCGGAGGCGCCGCGAGCGAAAGAAUGAUAGAGGUGUUCAACAUCAUGAUGGAACUGUAGUUCCUGCCGCGUCUACGAGUAGCACUUCUUCUUCAUCCGAGGUGGAGGUCGAGGGUGAACAUCAAGGACGUGGUCCUGCUCGUGGGCGACGGGCAGGGCCGGGGGGUGAUCGUGAACUUCACGGUGCGGAUGUUGAGCAUCGUAGAUUGAAGAUCACGGGCCCACCGGUGGAACAAGCUACGGCGCAGAAGUACUUUUAUCCAGGAGCAGCUGCUCUAUUCGCAAAAGGUCUUCUCCAGCCUUUACUUCAUCGGGGCAACAAGGAGAACGCAGUGCAAGAACAUUAUCAACGCCAGGACGAAAUGAAAAUUGUGCAACAGAAGCUGCGUAGCUCGUCGUCGUUACCACCGUGGUAUCUCCUGUGGUGGCAGAGAUACAUCGAGAGUCAGCAGGAGCAGCUUUUACGACGCACGACAGAUGAAACUACUAUCGGGGAGGAAGAGUUGGACCCCACCGUCAGAGAUGAGCGGGCUGAAGCGGAACUCCGCAACGCAUUGCAGCUCGGACGCGAAAUCCUCACGCUGCUGCACACCGACUAUCAAAUGUAAAAAUGUCUGGGUCUGGAACAAUGCAACUUGUCAUGCUAAAUUUGAAGUAUGCAAAAAUAUGCGUUGCAUGAUUACCAAAAGCCGUCCAGUUUUGACCAAGUCGGGAGGGAGUUUCUCAUGCAGGAUAGGCAUGAGAGAGAUCGCACAGAAUCUGUCAUGCUAGGUCCUGCAUUGCAGACCUUAUGGGUCAUGGAAAAGCUCCAUGACAAAUCGCGCAUUCUUCCAGACCCAGACAUUUUUGCAUUUGAUACCGACCAACUCCGCCCGAUGAUCCGCACUGCCUACAAGCGAUGCGCCUUCCAGAGCGCCAGCAGCAACGAGCUGCGUAUCUCACUGGACGUCGACAUGCGCCUUCGCAAAGAGCAUGGCGUAGUGAAAAUGCCCGAUGCUGAUAUGGAUGCAGCUGUUGUUAGUACUCGAAAUCCAACCAGACAGGAGAAAGCGAGGCUAAGCAGAAACCCAGCAACCGCAAAUAAAGACGACGAUUACCUCUUCCCCUACGCCAUUUUGGAAGUGAAACUCGCUGGUCUGGCGGAGAAUCCUCCGUGGGUGCAGGACCUGCUCUACCGCUGCCGAGCGAUAUGCAUUGCAAAAGCAUCGUACUAGUACAAAACGCAUGACAAAUUUUUCGUAAAGGAAAAAUGAAAUUUGUCAUGUUGCAGAAAGCAGAUCUGUCAUGCAAGACCUGCAUUUAGACUUAUACGAGUACGAUACUUUUCCACAGGAUAGGCGACGCAAGUGUACAAAUUCUCCAAAUUUCAGCACGCCAUGACGUUGCUGCACUAUCAAAAAGUACCCUACAAACCGCACUGGUACGCGGAUUUUGAACGGGGCGGUGGGCUGGCAGCUGUGCCUGUGAGUAAUAGCCGCGAAGACAUGCUGGGGGAUGAACUAGGUGGUGGCUAUAGUAUCACAGGCGAAAGGAACUACAGGGAUGAAAACGCCGGCACGCUCGUUACGGCCGUGGACGUGGACGGCGGGGGUCGUCGAGAGUUUGACGAAAACGAGGGAACUACAAACACGAUCAGCACCGCACUAAUAUCGACGUUAGCAAACCAAUCGCACAAAAUCCGGAACAUGCGCGUUUUGGAGGCCAAAGCGUUUUUCGCCAACGAGCGGACCUUCGUGCACUACGCGAAGCACGUAUGAGAGUGCACAACUCCCCCUCCCCCUCAUUUGUAAUGCAAAGUACCAAGUUUGCACCUUGCUCGCAAGCACUGUUAGCAUGACAAAUUUUGGAACCUAAGAUAGUAUUACAAUCCGCAUCCAGAUUUGUCAUGCGAAAGCCCCUUUUCUGUAUCUGUUGUUACUUGUGUUCGUUGCUGUUCAUGCCAUACAAAAGAGGGGGAGGGGGAGUUGUGCACUCUCAUAGCGCGGGCUGGUCUUUCUCCUGUUUCUCCGCUACAUUGCGCACAGCCAGAACGAGACGUGGCGGGGCUUGAGCUUCGUCCUCGCCCCCUUUCUGGGGACUUACUUUGUCUGGUGCCUCCUGAUGUACCAGGAUCGCACGCAAAUCUUGGUGAAGCAGGAAGCGGUCUGCCGCAGCAAAAACUACCGCAUGGACAGCGCCGAGGGACCGCUGCUGAGCUUCUUCCUCGCGGUUACGCUGUUGUUUGCGGUGCUGGUGUUGUUUUUCUUCGUGGAUGAGGACGAGGGGGUGUGAUGAUGCGUUGGUGCAGCUCACUCAUUUUUUUUGCGUACUUCUACGAUAUUUUUCAUGCUGCAUUUGCAUUUUGAUGACAUUCAUUGUCUCAUCUGUCAUUUUUUCAGCACAAGAAAGAUUUCUUCAUGGACAAAAAUGCAUCUUCGAUCCAUGCUGUGCUUGGUCGACGCUUCUACGAUCAUACAAAAGCCUCCUGGCGCCACUUCGAAGAAGGAGACAAAAGAAUGGAAGUUCUUUUGGGACGACCACGAGAGAG